AUGGUGUCUAAAAGACAUCAUCGGCGUUUGGUUAAUAUGGAAGUGGAAAAAGAAUUAGCAAAAUCCAGAAGUUCAUUUUGUACCCGAAAAAUAGCACCAGAUGAUUCUUGUGGUGAACCAAUAAGUGAAGAACUGGAUGGCCUGUGCAAUCACAUUGAGAAUAAAACAUAUUUAGAUACAAGAAUCAAGGAAUCUACCACUGCAACUACUGCAACUAGUUAUCCCUGUAUUUAUCCCAACUAUUAUCUUUUGCCUGAGAGUGAGAGUAUUCAAGAAAACCAAAAUGAUGCUGAUACUGAAUUUGUGAAAUCUGUACGGGGCUGGUUUUUGAAGUACCGUGAACUUCUAAGCCAAAGUGCAAUGAACGAACUGCUUUUAAUUUUAAAACCCAAAUGUAAAACUUUACCUAGUGAUAGCAGAACAUUUUUAAGUACUCCACAAUCUUGUCAGUUUCCAAUAUCUGUUGUGUCCCCAGGAAAAUAUUGUCAUUUUGGAUUAAAAUAUAUGUUACAGAAUAUAUUAAAUACCAAAAAUCUGCUAGAGUUUUGCGAAGACGGAAAAACCCUUUCCUUAUCGCUCAGCAUUAAUAUUGACGGUUUACCACUGUCAAGGAGUUCAACAAGUCAGUUUUGGCCAAUUUUGAUAAGCAUUGAUAAUGAAAAUUUAGAAUGUCCCAAUCCAUUUCCAAUAGGAGUUUAUCAUGGUUUUAAAAAACCAGAGUCAGCUUUGAAGUACCUGCAGGAGUUUCAGAUCGAAUUCAAACAACUAGAAAACGGCUUUCGCUUCAAAAACAUCGAAGUGAAAGUACAAAUUUCAAAAAUAAUACGUGACGCACCAGCGAAGUCCUUUAUUUUAUGUGUGAAGGGUCAUACUGGUUAUUUUAGUUGUACAAAGUGUGUGCAAGAAGGUGAAUAUAUAAAUGGCAGAGUGACUUUUCCGGAUCUAUCAGCUGUCUUGCGUACAGAUGACGACUUUAAAAAUAAAACUUGUGAAGACUAUCACAGAGGAAAUAGUCCUUUUGAUGAACUAUCUGUGGGUUUAGUGUCUCAGGUGCCACUGGACUACAUGCACUUAGUAUGCCUAGGCGUUAUGAAACGUCUGAUUAUUUUUUGGGUUAAGGGAAAUAAAAGUGUCAGAUUACCUGAACUAAAACUUAAAACUGUUGACGAAAAUUUAAUCACUUUAAAAUCAAGUAUUCCAAAGGAGUUUUGUAGGUUGCCAAGAGGUUUGCAAGAAGUUGAUCAUUUUAAAGCAACCGAAUUCAGGCAAAUUUUACUAUAUACAGGACCAUUUGUUUUAAAAAAUAAUUUAUCUAAAAUUCAAUACUCACAUUUUAUGUGUUUGCAUGUUGCUAUCAGAAUUUUGUGUAGUGCAAAUUUGUAUAUUACAUAUAAUAAUUAUGCAUCUCAACUAUUGAAAUAUUUUAUUGAAAAAUUUGCAGUAAUUUAUGGUGCUGAGUAUGUAUCCCAUAAUGUGCAUGGACUUUUACAUCUACCUUCGGACUGCAUUAAACAUGGAGUCCUUGAUAAUUUUAGUUCAUUUCGAUUUGAAAACUAUUUAUAUAUCUUGAAAAAAAUUAUGAAAACAUCUAAGCAUCCCCUGCAGCAACUGUGCAAUCGCUUGAAAGAAAAAGAAUUAAAUUUAAUACCAUUCAGAACAAAUGCACAAAAUGUUAAUUCAUACUAUGAAAGUCCAUGCUCUUCCACAAUUUUUAAUAUAAGCAUAGUAACAAACAUCUCAAGGAAAAGUCAAAAUUAUAAAAUAUGUGAGAUCAAAGGAAAAUGUUUUCAUUUCCAAACUGUGGAUGGUAUUGAAUGGUCUAUUGUUAAAUUUCUUUGUGAUGACAAAAUAUCACAUGUUCCAUCAACAUGGCUGUCCAUCCACAAUCUGAAGGAAAACAACAUUGCUCUUUGCUUCUGGCCUAGAAAAAAUGCAGGCAAAAAAAUUAUUGGUCGAUCGAUUCCUGAUUCUGAAAGUUGGGACAAACUGGAAGUGGUUAUUCUAAAACAAACUGAUUCAUAUUCAGAAGCAAGAGAAUACAUAAGACUAAUGUCUGAAGGAGAAAGUGCACCAGAAACAAAUAAGCCCUUGGGAAAGGGCCAUAGGAAAGCCAAAAAACGUCCUUUUUUAUUUAAUGACUCUGAUGAUAGUGAGAGUGAUGUAACAGGGGUAAUUACACCGCCUCCAACUAUAGAGUCCCCAAAAAUUAGAAAAGUGAAUAAUUCUGAACCAAACAAUAACAGUACCAAUAAGAAAAUAGAGUCGUUCUCAUCUCAAAAAGCAAAUAAAUCAUUUGAUUCCCAAACAAGUACAACAAUCAUUCGCACAGUUUCAACUGAAAUGGUAUCAAAUGUUAUUACUUCAUUAACCUCAGUGAGUGCCAUCAACAAGGAAAACAAUAAUAAUCAUAGCUUGGUUCCAUCAGCUGCCCCGUCACAUUGUAGUUGCAACUGCCAAGAAUCUCCAUUAAUUAAAUCAAUUUUAAGCAAUACUGUUGCAAUUAGAACAAUGUUGGAGAGGCUAACUUCAGAUGAAACAAUGAGAAAAAAUGAUGACAUAAUUACCGAUUUUGACUUGGUACCUAAGAAACCAUUCUCAAAGUUCAAAAAGUUGAAAGAGUUUGAUGAAAAACUAAAGACUGACAAAAGUGUAGAACGCCAGAAUGAAACUGCUCUGUUCUUGCUUGGAGGGUCAAGUUACAAAGAAUUAAUAAGAAGAGGCCUAAAAAAAAUAUUCACGGACAAAUUGGCUACAAAAUGUAGCUGGACAGGCCGUAAAAAUAAUUUUCCUCUUCAUAAUUUGAAAAUACUGGAUGUUCUUAAAAUAGCUACAAGAAAAAAAUUUGGUAGUACUACGGAUGCCGAAUUUCAAGCAGAAGUGGGUUUGUGGUUCAGGCAAGGAAAGCUGAGAUUUGAAAGAUCGCUAGCAGCAGUAAACAAAGAAAACCAAAACCGGGCUGCCACUGUGGAAGGAAUGGAAUAA